AGUAGGGGCGAGGAGGCCUCGGCGGCCCUUGGGCUCUGCGGGCUGGGGACUCGGGUGCCCGCGACACGCGCGGAGGCGCGGGCUGGGGUGGCCGCGGGCAGGGGGCGCAGCUGCGCUCCUUCCUCUCUGUCCGCGUCGCCUCCGCGCACACUGGUUCUGCGCGGCGGGGCUUGGCCUGCGCGUCUGUCUCCUCCGUCCCGGCGGCCUCCGAGCCCGGCCGAGCAGCGAGCUUGUCAGAGGACGGUGGUGGAAACGCUCCCGGCCUCCCCAGGGGCGCGGGCUGGAGGCUGGCGCCUGGCGCGGAGGACUCCCGGUAUCUUUUGACAGGCUGGCGCCUCGGCUCUGGGGACCCGCAGGUCUGAAGGGGAGGAAGGGGCCUGGAGGGCGCGGGAGGACACCGGGUGGGAAGGGUGGCAUUAGCUCGGCCGGGGGCUAUGCGCCUCUGGUUUCGCCCUCCCGCACGUAUUCGACCCUUACGAGGUCACCGGAAUGCCCCUGCUCCUCAGUUGCUUUCUAUACAGGAUAUCGAUCAGGGUAUUUUGUUAUAUGAAAAGGCUUUACUGAAGAGGUUUUUAGAGAUGUUUGGUUCUCUCAUAAACUUGAUACUUGAGAAUACAGACCAAAUAUAACCUGAAAAGACUAUAACCUAGGCGAUGAAGAUUGGCUUUACAAAUGGACGUUUAUUUUACAGAACACUUCGUUCAGUGACUGAACAAUCGACUCUGGCGGUGCUUUUUAAACUUGCCAUUUUAUAAAUUUUUGCUUUGCAUACGAGCAAACCAUAUUUCUAGUGCUUAUGACGUGAUUUUAUGAGUAAGCUAUUAGUUGAGCCUGAGGUCCUGCAGUCAUUCUUAGUAGUAAAUUUUUUUUUUUUUUUUUUGAGAAGGAGUUUUGCUCUGAUUGCCCAGGCUGGAGUGCAGUGGUGCAACUGCAACCUCCGCCUCUGGUGUUCAAGCGAUUCUCCAGCCUUGCCUCCUGAGUAGCUGGGCCUACAGGCAUGCGCCACCACGCACGGCUAAUUUUUUUUUUUUUUUUUAGUAGAAACGGGUCUCACCAUGUUGGCCAGGCUGGCCUGAAACUCCUGACCUCAGAUGAUCCACCCGCCUCAGCCUCCCAAAGUGCUGGGAUUACAGGCGUGAACCACCGCGAGGCUUAGUAAAUCUUAAUAUAGCAACACCUCACUUGCCUGGAAGAGGGAACCGCAAUCAAUCAAAAUGAGGGCCUACAGUAAUGCCUGGCAUGAUGUAAACACUUAAAAAUUAUCUGUUGAAUGAAUUAUCUGUUGAAUUAUCUACAAAUGCUAGGCCCUGGGGAUACAAUAAUCCGGAAAACCAGACUUGCAGGAUGCAGACGUUGAUCGCAUAAACAGAUACGCACAGAAUAAGCAAAUGGGCAGAGAUAUUAACUGGUAAAAGUCCAGCUGAUCACCCAGGGUGGACUAAAUCUCUCGACUGAUGCUCUGUUGCUGGAGCCCUGAGAAACCUACAUACCCUGCCUGGGCACCUGCCUGGGGCUGUCUGCUGUGUGUCCUGGGAUGGUUCAAUUCACCAAGGACUUACUCUGGAGCUCAUUUUGCAGCUCUCAAGCUUUUAUAGCAUGCUGUAAACAAUUGUCAAAGUUGUUUAUCAAGAAACAGAUAGAGUUGCAACUUCUUUCUCGUAAUAGAAACUUUUACACUGCAUUCAAUGCCUAACGUUGCAGAAACAGAAAGGUCAAAUGAUUCUGGAAAUGGUGAGCACAAAUCUGAGAGAAAGUCACCUGAAGACAAUCUACAAGGUGCUGUAAAAUCUUUCUGCACAAGUGCCUCAGGAGCACCCUUGGGUCCCAAAGGAGAUGGUCAUUAUCCAUGGAGUUGUCCAGUGACUCAUACACGGGAAAAAAUUUAUGCCAUCUGUUCAGACUAUGCCUUUCUCAACCAGGCGACCUCAAUCUAUAAAACUCCAAAUCCAUCUCGCUCUUCUUGCCUCCCUGAUAGUACCUCUUUAUCUGCUGGAAAUAAUUCAUCAAGAUACAUUGGUAUCCCGAAUAGUACAUCGGAAAUCAUCUACAAUGAAGAAAAUAGCUUGGAAAACUUAUCCAACAGCCUGGGCAAGCUACCUCUCGCAUGGGAAAUUGAUAAAUCUGAAUUUGAUGGGGUGACCACAAAUUCGAAACACAAAUCAGGCAAUGCAAAGAAACAAUUUUCCAAGAGAAAAACUUCAGAUAAAAAGGGAAGAUAUCAGAAGGAAUGUCCUCAGCAUUCUCCUCUUGAAGAUAUUAAACAGCGGAAAGUAUUAGACCUCAGACGAUGGUACUGCAUAAGCCGACCACAGUAUAAGACUUCUUGUGGCAUCUCCUCAUUAAUUUCUUGUUGGAAUUUCUUAUACAGCACAAUGGGAGCUGGAAAUCUUCCACCUAUUACCCAAGAAGAAGCUUUACAUAUUCUGGGCUUUCAACCUCCAUUUGAAGAUAUUAGGUUUGGUCCUUUCACGGGAAAUACAACACUUAUGAGGUGGUUUAGACAAAUUAAUGACCACUUCCAUGUAAAAGGAUGCUCUUAUGUUCUAUAUAAGCCUCAUGGGAAGAACAAAACAGCGGGAGAAACUGCUUCAGGGGCCCUGUCAAAGUUAACCCGUGGAUUGAAAGAUGAAUCGCUGGCUUAUAUCUAUCAUUGCCAAAAUCAUUAUUUUUGUCCAAUUGGCUUCGAAGCAACCCCUGUUAAAGCUAAUAAAGCAUUCAGCAGGGGACCUCUCUCACCACAGGAAGUUGAAUAUUGGAUCUUAAUUGGAGAAUCAAGUAGAAAACAUCCUGCCAUUCACUGUAAAAAAUGGGCAGAUAUUGUUACUGAUCUAAACACUCAAAAUCCAGAAUACCUGGAUAUCCGGCACUUAGAGAGGGGACUGCAGUAUAGAAAAACAAAGAAGGUUGGGGGAAAUUUGCAUUGCAUCAUAGCAUUCCAGAGACUUAAUUGGCAAAGAUUUGGCCUUUGGAACUUUCCAUUUGGAACCAUUAGACAAGAAUCACAACCUCCAACACAUGCCCAGGGAAUUGCCAAAUCUGAGAGUGAAGACAAUAUUUCCAAGAAGCAGCAUGGGCGUCUGGGCCGGUCUUUCAGUGCUAGUUUCCAUCAGGACUCGGCAUGGAAAAAGAUGUCUAGUAUCCAUGAGAGAAGGAACAGUGGUUACCAGGGUUACAGUGAUUACGAUGGGAAUGAUUGACUAUGCUUGGUACUGAACAGCUGGCAUUAUAUAUGAAACUGCUAUAUACAGGACUGUAUAAAGACAGUAGAAGAUUUUAGUAAGCCUACAUUAAAUAGGAGCAGAUCUUGUGGUAUAAAAAAUAACCUUGUAGUUCUCCAGAUACUAAGCUUGUAUAUGAUUAUGAUGGGUGAUUUCAGAUAUAUAAGCAGAUAAGCACAGAUUAUUGUCCUUUCAAGUUAAGAGUAUAUAAUCUGGACAGAAAAUUUCACAAAAUUCAAUAAAAUUACAACUGUUGUCUAAAUAAGUGAAACACAAAUUCACUUAAUAGCAUCAAGAUUUGAAAUACUUAAGUAUGAAGUGACUUUUUUAAUGACUCGAUCCCUAGACAUUUGUUACAGAUAGUUUUAUGCCUAAGACCAAGAUGUAAAGUACCAUCUGCCCUUAAAAAAAAAUUGGGGCUGUCAAUUUCUAGUUUUCACUCAUGGUUAACGCACAUUUAAAAUUAUUUCAUGAGUCUUGUAGUUCUUUGAUUUAUAGCAGGAUCUUGCUUGCCUCAUUUGUUUCCUGGUUACAUUCUUAGGAUUCUGACUAAGAGGCAAAAGAGAAAAGACUCAAGAAACUGAUCCUGGAGAUCGAGACCAUCCUGGCUAACAUGGUGAAACCCCGUGUCUACUAAACAUACAAAAAAUUAGCUGGGUGUAGUGGUGGGCACCUGUAGUCCUAGCUACUCGGGAGGCUGAGGCAGGAGAAUGGCGUGAACCCGGGAGGCGGAGCUUGCAGUGAGCGGAGAUCACGCCACUGCACUUCAGCCUGGGCAACAGGGUAAGACUCCGUCUCAAAAAAAAAAGAAACUGAUCCUUUUUUUUGUGCAAAUGUGUGACUUAGUGCAUUGAUUCAGAUUUUUUGACUUUCUUGAUGUGGUUUGUAAUAAUCAAAUAUUGACAAGAACCUUAGGUCUCGAAAGACUUUUAUAAGUCUAGAUGAUGUUUGCCUUAAGGAUAAAGUGAAAGAACAAUUGGCAUCUUAAGUUUCUAUACCCAAGGUUAUCUGUGAAAUGAGAUCUCCUGAUAUUUGAUUGCUCUCUCAGUAUGGAGUCAUAUGUUGAUAACAGUACUGAAGAUGCAUAAGAAAUGCUCAAGUCACUCAGAGGACAACUACCCAUAUUCCAGACUCUGAGCUGUUUCCUUUUUUUUUUUUAAAUCAUAUAGACAAUUAGCUGUUUGAAGUGAGUAUUAAAUAUUUCAGAAGUGUGAAUUUCAUGUAUUUGAGCUCCUCUAGUUGCUGUCGGUUUUUCUUCUGCUGCCAACCUGUGACUCACAAAUGACUAGGAUCUCUUGUUCUUUAAUUUUGGGGUCUUGUUCCAGGACUCAAAUCAGUAACUUGGUGAUUACAAGGUGCUGAAUGUGUUGGUAACCAUAUCGCAAUACACCUCAAGGAAAAGGUUCAGAUUUUUAUUUUUAAAAUAUUUUCAUUUUUUUCUUGAAUUUUAUAUCCGUUUGUUCACUCAUACAUGCCUAGCCUACAGAAGGGGAUAUAUAUUAUGAAAUGGUCAUUUUUCUGAAGAGAAUAUUUUGCUUGAAAUGCAAAGGACUGAAAGAGAUUUGUAGGUUGUUGAUUUUGUUACUUCAUACUGGAACUUUUAAAAAGUUUUCAUCAAAUAAAGUUUUGUUUUCUACUUUUAA